UUGAAGAACUCUCUCUCUCUCUCUCUCUCUCUCUCUCUCUCUCUCUCUCUAAAUGGAAACCAGUCCUAAAGCAUCCAAGAAUCAAACCCAUAGCAACCACCAUCAUCAUAAUCCCUCAUCAUCAUCGCCGUCGUCAUCAUCAUCAUCAUCCAGAUAUGAAAGCCAGAGCAAUCUCCAUAACCAGAACGGCAUUAUGUCCAUCAACUCCAUCAUAAUCAUCAUCAUCUCCAUAAUCUCCAUCUCCAUCCUCUUCGCCAUUCUUCUUAUAAUUCUUCUUCUUCACCGGCUUAAAUCCACAAGAGAUAAAUCAAAGAACUUAGAUUGCAAAGAAAACUGCAACAAUGGUGGAACCUUCAUUCCCACCAAUUCCGCCAACAAUAGCUAUGCUUCUAGCCCAGAUAUCAAGACGGAUUGCCUAUAUCCAAGAAACGCGUCAUCAUUCAGACAGCUUCAACAGCAACAACAGCAACGGGGACGGAGGAAAAGCCGUGCCGAAGGAGUACAAGUGUUCACAUACCGAGAGCUAGAGAUCGCGACCAACAAUUUCAGCGAAGAAAACGUGAUCGGAAGCGGAGGAUAUGGAGUCGUAUACAGAGGAAUACUGAGUGAUGGAACUGUUGCAGCCAUUAAGAGGCUCCACAUGCAUAACAAUAAUGAUACUGGCAAUGGAAAGCAUGAGGAGCGCUCCUUCAGGCUUGAGGUGGAUCUAAUGAGCCGGUUACAAUGUCCAUAUUUGGUGGAAUUAUUUGGUUAUUGCGCCGAUCAAAACCACAGGAUUCUGAUAUUCGAGUACAUGCCUAAUGGUGCUCUUGAACAUCAUCUCCACGGUCAUGACCUUGUUAAAAAACCCGAUAAUCAAUCUCAACCGUUGGAUUGGGGAACCCGGCUAAGGAUCGCCCUUGAUUGUGCCCGUGCCCUCGAAUUCCUGCACGAAUUCGCCUUCCCGGCCGUGAUUCACCGUGACUUCAAGUGCACCAAUGUCUUGUUAGAUCAGAAUUUCCGAGCCAGGGUUUCGGAUUUCGGAUUGGCCAAGAUGGGUUCGGAUAAAAUCAACGGUCAGAUUUCAACUAGGGUUCUUGGGACCACAGGGUAUCUAGCUCCGGAAUAUGCUUCAACAGGAAAAGUUACAACCAAAUCAGAUGUUUAUAGUUAUGGAGUUGUGUUGUUACAACUUCUAACCGGUCGUCCUCCUAUAGAUUCCAGACGACCUCCCGGGGAAGAUAUUCUCGUGUCUUGGGCUCUUCCAAGACUAACCAACAGAGAAAAAGUGAGUGAGAUGGUGGAUCCAACCCUAGAGGGACAAUACUCGAAGAAAGACCUUAUUCAGGUUGCGGCAAUAGCAGCAGUGUGUGUGCAAGGAGAAGCGGAGUACAGACCAUUGAUGACAGAUGUCGUCCAGUCACUCAUUCCUCUUGUCAAAACCUUCAACCAAAACUCUGGUUCUUGUAGGUUUCAUUCUCCUACUUCCACCUUGUCCUAAUCUCUCUCUCUCUAUACAUAUAUAUAUAUAUAUAUGAAAUCCUUGUUUUCUGUUUUUUUUUUGUUUUAAUUUAUGUUUCGGUGGUUUCGCUA